GUGUUGUGGUGCCCGCAUUCACGAAACCGGUUGUACCCGUUUGCGAAUUUGGUUGAAAUUUCCUAUGAAUCAGAAUAUACCUUAGUGUGUUUGGAAUACUGUGAAAACCCGACGCGUUUGCGUUGAAAGCAUUUUGACUUUGUUUAUUUGAAAAAUUAUAAGCAUAGUGACUGUCUACCAGAGUGUACGUAUUUUGUUGGUUGUAAAAGUUUUAGUCUACAUAUUUAACUUGGGAGUUAAAAUUGUGUCAGUGUAUUGUGACGUGAUGGCUAAAAUAUACCACAAGCUGGUAAACAAGGAAAAUGACAAGAAUAAUGAAUUCGAGAACCACUCGAGAAUAACCUACGAAAGCGAGGAAGAGUUGCCACCCUUCCCUGUGCAAGACUACAGUCCCACCGGCUACCCGCUGCCCAGCAUGGUGAAAGCCCCAGAGACCCAAGAAAUAACUAACAAAAUUAAAAGCUUUGUAUCACCAUCCUCAUCAUCUCAACUAACAAAGCAUCAAUCUCAGAGUUUUGUGAAAAAGCUUGCUUCUAAAUGCUUAGGCCUAAAGGCAAAGUUCAACUCUGCCCCUAACAUUUCCAAUAAUUUGACGCAAGAGUUGGAAGACGGUGUUAAAUCCAAACAUUCCGAACAUAAAAGCAGUACAAAUACAUUAUUAAUAGGUAAUAGUAAGUUUUUUAAAAAACUGUCGAAAAAAGAAGAAACGGGAGAAAUUGUUUGUACCGAUGAAUUCGAUACUAUAUCUCUCGAUAGGUUAAGCACACUCAAUAGAGAUUCGACUGUAAAUAGGAGCAAUCGUAGUUGCCCUGGUUUUAAGACAUCUUUACCUAAUAUAUCUGAAAACAACGAACACAGCGAUUCGCAAGAAUCUAUUGCAGAAUCUGUUGUUAUGACUGAAAUUGACUGUGAUAAAAAUAAAGACGAUACGAAUAAUAUUAAUGAAGCUGUGAAUUUAAACGCCCACAGCAAUGUACUAAAGCCGAUCAGUAUUGAAAAGAAACGUAUUUCAGUUACUUCUAAUGAUUCCGCAAAUUUUGUCAACGAAUGCUAUGAGGCGUAUGAAUUUUCAGACAAGGAAGAUACAAUUCCGAGACCACCACCUAGGCCAAAUAUGAUUGGGCGCAGCACAAACUAUGAAAGUACAAUUUAUGAAAACGUUACUACGUGUUCUCAGAUGUCCCGUCCUACGCCUGCUGCCAGAACACAUUUGCCUUCAAAAGUACCUUUAGAAGAAGCAGAUAAUAAAGUAUUAUAUGAAAAUAUUACUUUACUGAAAGACAGGAAAACUCCUGAACCGCCUAAACGAUCUUUAUAUCCAUCUUUGUUGGAAAUAGGAAAUGAAAGCGUUUCGACUUUGAGUAGGUCGUCUACUUUGUCGACCGAUUCAUCAAUAGAUGAAACUAUUUUAGAAGACGUCUUGCUGUCACAAAAAUCAAAAUCAUUUAAACAUAGUAGACAUACUCAGGAAUUCAUGAGCACAAUGAAAUCAAACGUUUCAAGGACUUCGUCAAAUUCUUCUGAUUCUUCUAAUGUUACUGAAACAAGUGCUAUAGAAAAUGUUGACUGCAGUGGUGACUCCAAUGAUAAAAAUAUCUAUCUAUCCAUGACGGGUACUAUGCCGAAUAAAAAGAACUCGACUUCAGAGAAUAAGAAAGUUCUUUUCAGGCAUAAAACAUUCACCAAUAUUGAAGUAGACAGAAAUUCAGUUAAGUUAAAAACGUUACCCUUUUUCAAGGAUACUUUGGCUCACUAUCAUAUUAGAGGUACAGGCCAUUGUAUUUAUAGUGGACCUACAUUAUCUGAGUUUAUUUAUGUAUUUAAUAGAGAUACUCUCGUUAAAGAUGUGCCACCGUUCACUAAAGUACCUAAUGAUAGAAGAGAUAGCUAUUUAGAAACAGCAAUUUGCUUUUGUAGGCCUAAACCUCCUAAACAUCAUAACAGUGCUGAAGAUUUACUCGAUGCUCAGCCCCUUAAAGAUAAAGAAUCCGUUAGCAUCGAUAUGGAAGCUCUCAAGAAAAGCAAAGAAAUGAAUUCAACAUCAUUUCGUUGCUUCUGUGAUUCAAAUAACUGUGCGUUUCAUUCAGAUAAACGUGAUUCUGGUAAUUUGAUCGUAAAAUUUUCGGCCGUCAAAAAAAGUAUAUCUACACCAGAUAUAACUUUACACUAUUCUCCUUCUUCGACAGUUCGUAACAUUGGUAUGAUAAAAAACAAAUCUGUGCCAUCGAAUUUAGAAGAACCAUAUGCAGUUGUAACAGUAGAACACAUAGUUGCAAGACAAAAAUGUGCUCAGAAUAAUACUAUUGAUUCAAGCAGCUCUGACUACGUCCCAAUGUCGUCUUCCACUCUUUCAUCGAAUUCUUCCAGUCGCCCUUAUUCUAUAAAAGAUAUAACUGAUGUUAUUUCAUUACAAUCAACACUGACAAACUCCAGCCAAACUCGUGCUUCUGAUUCUAAUAUACCUCUACGAAAAUCGAGCUCGGAACACUCGGGUCAUUGGUCGUUGCAGUCGUGCAAUUCGAACGUAACAAUUAAAUCGGAUGCAUCAUUCGUGACGUGUUUCGAGGAAUCGGAAGAUGAUUCGGACCAGACUAUGCGUUCUGACGAAGAAGUAUCCGACACCGAAACUGUUAAAUCUGAAAUAAGUACUGCCAAAAGGCCGUGGGUCCACAGUGAUUCCUUUAGGUUUGGUAACAAUAAAUUAGAAGAGGAUCUUUCGACUCUGGUGGAGGAGUCAAAAGAUUCGUGCGAUUCUAAAUUCGAGAGUGGGAUAAGCGUGGAUGAUUCUGAUAGUUCUUCGUCGGAGGAUGGGGAUGAUAGUGGUGUUCCGAGGGUCGAUACGGAUGUGUCGCUUGUCGCUUCGCUUGAGCGGGGGUGCGGGGUGGGCGGGGGUGUUCGCAGCGGGUCGGGGCGGCGGCGCUGGGACGAGGCGGAGGGCACCAGCGAGGGCGAUGCGCUGAGCGUCUCAAGCGCAGCUUCAAGCUGUGCGCCGCUCCAUUUGGCGCAUCAUCACGAGUACAGCAAAGUUUCGCCCACGCCUCCCAAAAAGCCCCCCCGUCGGAAUCUGUCGGUGUCCCCAACCCAUGCCAACUCCCCAUCCUCUGGGUACAGCUAUGAGCUGAGGCCCCACGCGAGGAGUCAGGACGACUUGGAUGAUAUACAGGGUGCUAAACACUACCUCAAACACGGCCGAUCUGUCGACCAAUACGUCGACGGCAAGCUAUCCUACUCGGAAUACGAGGACAACCACAACUCCCCCCGAAUCGCCCCAGUCCCCAAUCCUCGCCCUAGCCUAAAGAACCGUUCCCAACCCGUCGCCAUCACGGCCAUGUACGAAAAUGUCGUCAUAAAAGAACAGAAUCCUCGCCGAAAACUCAGAAGGAACAACUUCGGACCCCAAUACGAAAACUACGAGCCGAGAAUGAACGACAAUAGAGUCAAAAAGUACUCGAACCAAGAGAAGUCUUCCUUAGAGAGCCUAUUGGACGAUCAGUCGAUGAACAGUCCGAGCGAUUGUGAGAGGUAUUACGUUGGACCGAGGGUCGAGGUUCCGUUGUCUCCGUCGCAUUAUGAGCAGCCGCCGACGCCUGAUCAUCCGCCGCCUUCUGCGAAGCAGGCGGAGAAUAGCAUACAUGAGAGGAUCAGGCCUUUGAGUCAGCUUAUAAUGGAGGUUGUAGAAGAGAUAAGAAUUAGAAAGAAAUCGCAGGGUGACAUAGUAAAUAGUUGAUGUAAAUAUUAUUAUGUACAAAACAUGCCUUUAAACGUAGUAUAGUAGUUGUAGUGUUUAUAAAUAAACAAGUGUGCGUCGCCUUUGAUAUUUAUCUUUCAUUUUUCAAGUAAAACAUAAAUUGCAUAAAUAUUGUCAAAGGCCACGCCCCCUUGAUUUGUUAUUAUGUACUUUAACACGUUGACCGUUGACAGCUGCUGUCAAGACUUUUCCUACAAGUCCCUGAAAGUUUGACAGCAAAUGUGAAUGGUCACGUCAUUAUUUACUGAACAUUGAGUUGUCUGCAAAACAAAAAGAGAAUUGUUACUUUCAGUACGAUUUAGCUUAUUAUUGUCUAGUUAAACUGGUCACAUAGUUCAGAAAAUACGAAAAGAUAUUAAAUAUACGCAAGUUACAUAAUUAUUCUUUUGAACAAAUUGGCAAGAGUAGGGUGAAAAUUAUAAGUACAGCUGUAUUGUACAAGAAUAUGUUAACCUACAAAAAGAUGUGCUCAAGUGAACUUGAAAUAAAAACUAAAAUUCAAUAUUUAUGAUUUUGUGGGUUGGCACACUAUUGCAUAAAUCAGCUGAACUGAUUUCAUUGUAUCAAUACCACCCUUCUAUAUGAGGGGACAGAAAACAUGUGUCUAUGAAUUGAGACCUUAUUGAUAUGGAAAUAGAGACUAUGUUAAUUUGAAGUUCGUUAUUUUCAUUCAAUUCGUGCCAAAUUGUUACAAACCAAAAUAAGCUACAGCGAUGCCACUUUUCCAUACUUGCGCGAUAAGUUGAAAUUCACAUCUCCUGCACUUCCCUGUAUUGUACAGACAACAGUACAUCUAGCUCAACACUGGCAUCUUAUACAUUGUAACAAGUGCUAUUUUACGACAAAAAUAGUCUGGUGUCCUGUCGACUGUACAGUCAGCGUCAAAUAGUUCAUGACAUCCAAAGUUCGCAAAAAUAUGUCAACGCAACCUCAUUCCAAUUGUAACAAAGACGUGUUGCGAACUUUUUGGCUACGUUGGGUGUGACGAACUAUUACUAUACAUACACUCGUAGGAUGUAGGCAGUGCUACUUUGGCCCUCGUAUCAACUUAUCGCGCAUAGGUAUAAAUCGUGUUAUCCACGAAGACGCGCCCCACCAUUCAAUAAUGUUAGUUUGAUGAGUGUUAUCGUUACACGCUAAAUUAUCCAUGAGUGCAUACGCACACUACAAUAAUUGCGCUCAGAUUACUCGGAUCAAACUCCCCGCACCCCGCGCUUCCCUCGACCAAAAAUGGUGGGGCGUGUCUUCGUGAAUGGAACGAUCUAUAGUAGGAGUAGUCCUUAAAAAAGUCUAUAAAAUCAUGGAAAAUUGUCUAUUCUGUUUUAUUUCGCAGGCAACUCUUUGUUUCAGCUUAUAAAGCUUAACUAGUCUUAGUUAGAAUAAGUUUAUGCUAAUGGUGCUGUAGAAUUUAUCCUUUAAGUUUAACCUGAAAAUGUAUCUGUGUUGUCUUAUAAUAAGCUCGAGUAUUUCAGUAGGUGCUAUUUAUUGUAGAUACGUUAAGCCUUUAACGGACAGAGCAAGUAUAUUUUUAAUCAUCUUUGAACCUUAAUGUAAUGCAAUAUGGUUCAAAAUAUUACAACAGUUGCUACUGACUUGUAAAGGGUUAACGGUUUAUCAAGGUUUAUAACUAGGCCAAAUUAAAUAUGGCCUUUAUAUGAGAGGCCUUUUGUGAAAAAAAGUAUUUAAAUUAUCGUAAGAUUUAUGAAUUAGUUUUAAUGCGUCUAUAUUGUUACCUAUAAAAUAUUAUCCGUUUAAAUGCAUUUAUAGUUCCAAAAUACUGGACUGUCCUGUCGAUGACAUUGACAGUGGGGCGCCACCGUCAAUACCCGAUCGCUGGUUUAGAUUUUUGCCGUGUUGGAGACCUUAAAGUUGAACGAUGGUAGCGCCCCCCUGUCAUUGAGUUUGGUGGGACAGUUCAGCGUGGGUCAUCUAUAUCUACAAUUUUCAAAUUGCAGUAUAUCAAGAACAUUUUACAGCAUUUAAGUUUUUGUCUUGAAAUAUUAGGGCAAAUUCAAAUUACACGUUUUGAGUAGAACGUCAGUCGUGCGUUUGCGAGACCGCACACUACAUGGUGAGUGGAUGAGGUAUGAUGGGAGCGGCACGGGAUGGUGUUUUUGAGACGUCAAACGUCAGCAAGACUUCUUCUUCUUUUUUUAUGGCAACGGCUUGGUUUUGAGAACCAUGAUUUCGCCAAUGUCACGUAAACAGUUUUGACAAAGUAACAGGGUUUACAAAAAACAAAAAUAUUUAACGUUCAGAUGUCUUUCAGAUUUGUAUGCUCUGUCACGUCAUAAUAUUAUUAUGUCAAUGUCACCCCUCCGGUGCCGCUACCAUAUCUCAGGCACAGACUAAGAAGCGACAGACGUACAUAUCUGUUGGUUUGACACUUUUAUUUCAAUACAGUUGUCAUGUGCGGUCUUGCAAAUGUCUGUCUCAAAACGUCUGAUUUGGAGCUCUUAUUCUGUAGGCUUAUUUUACACUACAGAGGGCAUCAAACGCGCUCACUAGUGUGUGUGUAAAAAUGACAUUAAAUGUAUGACGGAUUGUACAGCGCCCCUAGCGGGAAACGAUCAAAAACUAAAAUUUUCAUACAUUUUUUAAACGUGCUCGCGUUUGAUGUAAACUCACACUCGGCCCUUAGCUGUAUAAGUUAUAGCUAGUUAAGUGUUUACCGACAUGACAGUAUAGCUCCUAAAGUUAAUUGGUAUUGUGAAAAGUAUUAAUUAAGUUUUAAAGGAUACACAUUGAUGUUUACGUAAAUAUAAUUCCAUGUAUACUUACUUCUUGGUAGAAAAUAUUUAAAGACAUGAUUAGACUGAAAUUUUACGAAAAUGCUAUUGGCUGUAUGAAAUUCCCAUUAAUUUUGUAUAUUGUUUUAAUUUUAGUUGUUUUAAGUUACUUCACAUUUAUUUGCGAUUUUAUUUUGUUUGUAAGGGAAUAAACUACUUACGACGUA